AUGUCUCCAUCCAGACAUCCCCUAGACCCAUUAGCUCCUUCCGAAAUCACUCAAAUAUCAUCCCUUCUCAAAAAGCUAUCACCUGAUCACACCAUCCAUUUCAAAAUAAUCAACAUCGAUGAGCCUCCAAAAGCACAGCUUCGCGCCUACUUGAAAGCUGAACGUAAUGGCUCUCCCCUCCCACAACUUCCUCGCCGUGCCUCAGCCUUGUAUUACCACCGCGGCACGUCCCAUCUCUUCAAAGCCACCGUCAACGUCGAUGAAAGCACCGUGGAACUUGUCGAGCAAUUAGAUAGCCAUUUCCAUGCCCAGGCAGAUGUGAAUGAGAUCAUAGAGAUGAGAGAUGCGUGCCUGUCCAACCCAAAGGUAUUGGAAAGGAUCGAGGCGUAUAAAUUGCCGCCGCAUUUAAAGGUGAUCUGUGAUACUUGGCCAUAUGGACGCGAUUCGGAGGAUCAACAUCCUCGUUAUGUACAAUGUUACUUGUUCGCGGAAGGUGAUCAUCCUGGCUCCAAUCACUACGAUUUGCCCCUUCCCUUUUCGCCUAUCCUCGAUAUGACAACCAAGGAAUUAGCUGAUAUCAUCCAACUCCCCACAGGACCAAAGUCCGAGCUUAGACCAGAUGCAGUGUUUGUGCCCCAUCCUCCAAAGGAAUAUCACCACGAUCUCCAAUCCAAACCAGCACGCACCGACCUCAAACCCCUAAUGGUCCACCAGCCCCAAGGUGUUUCAUUCAGCAUUGAUGGUCAUCUAAUCCAGUGGCAGAAAUGGCGGUUCAGGUUAGGUUUUAAUUGGAGGGAGGGUAUGGUUUUGCAUGAUGUUACUUAUGAUGGACGCGAACUGUUUCAUCGGUUGAGUCUGAGUGAGAUGUUUGUUCCCUAUGGGGAUCCGAGGAUGCCUUAUUCGAGGAAAAGCGUUUUCGAUGUCGGGGAUAUCGGGGCUGGUGUUGCUGCUAAUAAUCUGGCGUUGGGGUGUGAUUGUUUGGGGGUGAUCAAAUACUUCUCAUUUGUUAUCGGCGACUCCAAUGGUAACCCGGUCGAGAAGCCAAACGCAGUCUGCAUGCACGAGAUUGAUGAUGGUAUUGGAUGGAAGCACACUAAUACUCGUACCGGAGCUGUUUCAAUCGUCCGGUCUCGAGUUCUCGUUCUUCAGACAAUCAUUACUGUUGGGAACUAUGAGUAUGUCUUCAUGUGGCAUCUAGAUCAAGCUGCCGGUUUGCACUACAAGAUUCAGGCCACAGGCAUCCUCUCCACUGCCCCAAUCGACAAAGGUGUCACAGUUCCCUUCGGCACAAAUGUCAAUGAAGGUGUUAUGGCUCCCUUCCACCAACACGUCUUCAGCCUACGCAUAGAUCCCAAUAUCGAUGGCGACAAAAAUACCCUCGUCGAAGAAGACUCGGUCGCCAUGCCAUGGGACGAUAACAACCCCUACGGAGUCGGAUAUGUCACUGAGAAAAAAGCCCUCACAUCCUCCACCCACUCAGACUCAGCACCAAACCGCGUCCACAAAAUUAUAAACCCACACAGCAUCAACCCCUCAUCCGGACACCCCGUCGCCUACGCAAUUCAUUCUCCAUCCAAGCAAAUGCUCCUCGCCCACCCCAAAUCCUGGCACGGCCGCCGCGCAAAAAUAUGCCUUCCAUCCUUUCUGGCAGGCGACUACACUUAUCAAUCGCACCCCAGCCAUACUCCUGAUCUCGCCUCUUGGGCUGGGAGACAGGAUACCACCGAGGAUACGGAUAUCGUUGUCUGGCACUCGAUAAGCUUGACGCAUAAUCCGAGGACGGAGGAUUAUCCUGUUAUGCCGUGUGACACUAUGACUGUGAGUCUUAAACCGAGCGGAUUUUUUGAUCAGAAUCCGGCGCUGGACGUCCCGCAGAGUACGCAGGCUGGGAAUGGGAGUAGGUUGGUGGAGGAUGAGGCGUUGAAGCAUGCAGUUGAGGGGCAAGCUUCGGGUUGUAAGAGGGAGGUAAAGCUUUGA